AUGAGAUGGGCAUCAGAGACACCAUUCGAAACUACCGAUACACUGGUGAUAACGGUUGGCGAAUGGUACGUCGACCUGCGAGUCGAUAAACAAUCCGGCAAAAUCGAUUGGGCGCUCGCAGGAGAAUGUAUCCAGGAAAGCAAAGACCCACGCCGCGUGGUGUUCACCCAUGAGAUUGACUCCCACCACAAUUUCAACAUUAGCAACCCAUGUCCAUUCAUCCCGCUCCCCAAUGGAGAUGAUUUGGAGACUGGGACAAUGGCUCGACCAGAUGUACCUGGGUUGCCGAUGACGGAUUAUGAAGAAGUGUGGAGGUAUCUUCCGGUUCCCGAAGGGCCGGAAGGGCCAGGGCGUGGCCUUUCGUGGAUCUUGGAGUCUGAUGAGGGUGUUCUAGAAGAGGGUCAGCACCAAGUUACCAAGGUUUUCCUAGCGCAAAUUGGGGGGUCGUAUUUGGUUCUUCACCAGAAGCAAAUUCAUGUGGUUGGGCGGACACCCCUUGGAGAACGGGCUGUUCAAAUCACUGGAGAGGGGGUGAGCGCACGAAGGGAAGAGUGGGCGGAUGGCCACUGGGAGGUAAAAUAUGCAUUAGGACCGAGCAGUGAGGAUUUGCCUUCAAUGGCUGAUGGGCUAGAUGUUGAAAUGCGAGAGCGUAAGAGUGGUGAGAAGGUCACCGUCGGAGGCUGCGACUUCAUUUUACGUGCGUUUGCCGCUGAAGCCCCAAGGCAAAUCAGGGAAUCUCGUCUCUAG